AACAAUUAGCGCCUACCGCUAGAAAUCCAAAAGGCGGUUCCGUUAGAUUUGUAGAAUAACCGCUCUCGUUCUUCUCGUUGUGGUCCUUGUUUCAUCAAUCAUCUCCCUCUUCUCCAAGUAAUUAAACAGCUUUUUUUUUUGUUCUUUUUCUCUCUCAUUUCAAAUACCUGCUUAUAAUUUCCAGAAUAUCCAUUUCAUUUUCAUUCAUAACAGAUUCUUAAUCUUCUUCUUCUUCUUCUUCCUUGUCUACCACUUCAUUUGCUCUCUCUCUCUCUCUCUAUAUAUAUAUAUAUUUUUUUUUAGUUAUUUGCUUGGCAAUCAAGUUUCAUGAACACACGUUCGUUCUAAAAUUCAGAGCUUCUCUGUUUUUCUUUACUCUAAGUUUGUUAUAGAAUUUAGUUUGAGUUUCUCUCUCUCUUUUUUUUUUUUUUUUUUUUUAUUUGUUGUAGAAAUAAUGUGUACUUUUAGAUUGGUUGCUUUGCAGUGUUAGAAACUCGUUGGCAAUUUGUUACCCAAUUUUCUGAAUUUGUCCACUCCACUUUAUAGAUUUCAUUUCCUAUAUUCUAUGUGUUUUUCCGGUAUGCAGUCAUUGGGUUUUGAACGAUUUACGUUUUUCUAUGUUUCGGGCCUGAUUCAAAAAGGUUCUGGGAUUGUCUCUUUUUCCUCUUGAUUUCGUAGUUAAUUCUUUGAUUUGUUAAUUUUCUUUUUUUUUUUUUAAAGAUCUAUAUAAAAAAUUUUCUUUGAUUUCUGAUUUUUGAAAUCGCAUUAGCUUCUGUGUGUUUUUUCUUUGGUGGGUUCGGUUUGUACAAAAAUGAAGUAUAAUGGAGAUCAGAGUCGGUUUUACUCUGUUUUUCAUCAUGGUUUUGAGACACUACCACGUGAUCAUUCACCAGAAGAAAAACUCAUUGAUCGGAUUUCGCAUCCGGGUAUCAUCGAUGCAGCCUCAGAAACCUUCGAAGAUCAGGAAUCAUCAUCGGUUUCCGACUGCGAAAGCGGCACAUCUGGUACCAACUCCGACCAACUUCCAUUCCAUUCCAAUGGUUUGCUCAAACUGGUUGAAGGGAACGAAGUACACGACCUUAUCAAAAGGAGGUUCAUUUCUGGUUUGGGUUCGCUUGGAGCUCAAGCUUCGGUCAUAGCCAUUUACAGAAACACAUAUUCUAGCGUUCUUGGACAGGCUCGGCUUCAUACAUUUCAGAUACACUCUAAAGCAGUAGAGAAGAAAUGUGGGGGCAAUCCCAAUGUGAAGUACGCUUGGUAUGCACCUUCUUCUCACAAUGACAUCUCCAACAUCAUUUGCCAUGGAUUUGAUCACCCUCAGAACAAUGGAUUAUAUGGCUCUGGAGCCUAUCUUGCUCCUGAUCAUUGUCCUUUGGAAUGCGUGAAAAGGUCAACUGCUGAUGAGACCGGCCUAAAACACGUUUUGUUGUGCCGUGUGAUAUUGGGUAAGGCAGAGCUUGUGCCUCCCGGUUCUCAACAAUGUCGUCCGAGUUGUGAAGACUUUGAUUCGGGUGUGGACGAUUUGUCAUCUCCAAAGAAAUAUAUAGUGUGGGGAAUCCACAUGAAUACUCGCAUCUUGCCGGAAUACGUUAUAAGUUUCAGAGAUCCUCCUCCUCCAUGCUUGGAAGGGACUACAAGGAUUGGAGAGCCUUUUAGAAAGCCUAAAUCACCAUGGAUGCCAUUUCCAGGUCUAAUCUCUGCACUCUCAAAGUUUUUACCUCAGCCUACAAUUGAUUUGAUCACCAAGUAUCAUCGACAACACAGGGUGAGUCUUGAUAAGAAGAUUUCAAGGCCUGAACUAAUUCAACGAGUGAGGCAACUAGCAGGAGAUGAGUUGUUGAUAAAAGUGAUUAAAUCUUUCAGAGCUAAAGUCGGAAAUAGCACGACAAAUGUUGAGUCAAAAUGAAUCCAUGUCGUGAAAUUGAGAGCAUCAUCAAAAUGCAGGCAACUGUGGAUGAACCAAAUCUUGUUUUGACAACUCCAAAGGGGCAGAGUUGAAGUUUCAAGGUGCAGUGUGAGGAUGUAAAAAUUUGGACUAAUUUGACACUUGUUCUAACCAGUAAUCAAGUGAUCCAGCAAAGACUCUUGAAUAGUGGUUUACCUGUAUUGAUUGAUCAAGUUUUGUGAUUUAGUGGGUAGUAAUUGAGAACUUUACCUAGAUGAAAUCUAUUCUGCUUUCACUUCUAAUUUCCCAACACUUGUUGAUUGAGAUCUAUAUAUUCUCAAAAGUUUUUGGUUA